CACAACCCCUCUCUCCCUGACUUUCUCUCUAGGGUUUCAUUCUUUGCCAUUUCUCUCCCACUAUAUAUAUCCACACACAUGCGCAGUCGCCUGCAGCCUCUUCCAUGGCGCUCCUUCCUUUCUUCGUCUUCCAGCCGCCGCAGUCUCAUCGCUUCUUAGAUUUGUUUGCAGCAUAUUAAUUUUCGAUCCUCCCAGAAUGUUAGGUUGGUACUGAAAUGACAAAAGUACCCUCCAAAAACAGUCAAAAACAGCAUCGGCGACGGCGUGGAUAACCAAAGGACAGAAGACACAGGCCGAGCGAAAUGCAGGAAACCGAUGUCCCGACCUUCACUCCACCGGCGGCGGGGCAUGGCGGCGGUGGAACCGGAACCGGAACCGAGUACAUACUUCCGUCCAACCGAUGUUCGAGCGAGGACAUUUUAUUCUGCAUCGACGUCGGACCAGAAAUGCUGGUGGAGAUGAAGGUGAACGUGCCCAAUGGCCGGCCGUACACCAGAUUGGACUCCAUAAAGCAGGCGAUUAUGCUAUUCGUCCAUGCGAAGCUCACAAUUAAUCCUGAUCAUCGAUUUGCCUUCACCGCUCUCGCGAAAUCCACUUAUUGGCUAAAAAAGGAGUUCAGCUCCGAAGUUGAUUCUGCACUUGCUGCUUUACGAGAUAUCUCUGUGGAUUCAUCAUCCACUAGUGCAGAUCUCACUCACCUCUUUAAACUAGCAAAUCAUGAAGCGAAGAAAUCCCGCUCACAGAAUCGAAUAUUCCGAGUGAUCUUGCUCUACUGCAGGUCGUCCACCAUCCCUCAAUAUCAAAUACCUUCAGCCACAAAACUCUUCACCAUGGAUGUCAUGUACCUCCACGACAAACCCGGACCUGAUAAUUGCCCACAAAAGGUGUACGACUCCAUGGUGGAUGCCCUCGAGAGGGUCAGCGAAUUCGAGGGCUACAUAUUCGAGAGCGGGCAGGGAUUGACACGAUCUCUUUUCCGCCACAUGUGUGUUCUGCUAUCCCACCCUCAGCAACGCUGCUUGCAGGAUGACGUCGACCUGCCCAAGCCUUUGACAAAGAAGACUCCUGCAGCUGAGGCGACCCCAGGGGACAAUUCCAAUACUGUUGCUGCCUCCCCCAGGUAAGUAUGCUGAAACUUAUCUCUUUUUUUUAUCGAUAAAACUUGCACGUAAUCUUUUGGAGCUAAAUUUACUGGUUUUUUUGCGCCAAAAUUGCCUAUAUGCUAUUUGAAUGAUGCGGAAAGCAUGAAUAUUGUUUUUGAGUUUACUUGUUGCUGUUGCUUAGAUACACAUUUUUAGUAGCCGAGUUGUGCCGAUUAUAUUUUGAGUUCGUUAGUAAGUCAAUUUGUUCUUGUU